AUAUGACCCCCAAACCAAAAGCGAAGUUAGGUAAACUUGGACGUGUUAUUCGUCACUGGGGCUGUCUCAACGUCAUCGUACCGUCACCAACAACAGCCAGACUCGGCUGCACACUCUUGUAAGUGUCUUUCAUGCCCACGAUCACAGAAGCACAUAUUUGCAGCCGUCAAAGCGGCUAGCAUCAAGUAAAAGCGGUCCAAGCGGCUGUUAUUAAGGUCUUUCCCGAACUAGUCAUUCCCGGAAAUUUCCUUGGCCUAAUGACCACUAACAGAAGUCAAAACUUAAGAGCUAACACAACUUGAACCGAAAUUUUAAAAUACUCAAAUAGAUACUAAAUUUCAUAAUAAAAUAUUUGAAAUCCGAAAAUACCAAACUGUAACCGAACCGAAAAUCCAAAGACCAAGAACUAAUUAUAAUUGUAAUAUUGUUGUAACUUUAAAACUACAACAAUCGUCUUUCUCUUGUUCACGCUUGUCUCCCGUAACAUUUUAUUAAAUAACACCAAUUCUAAAGUAUUGGGGUACAAAAAAAAAAAAGGAUUGGGGUCUUAACGAAUAACCUAAAACAUUAACGGGGCCAUCUCUUUUUUAUUGACUUUUGAUAAUCUAGAUAUACAAAGCGUAGGGUUUCUGAUGAACCCUGUUUUGGGCUUUCUUGUCCAUCAAGCUAAGAUAAGAUAGUGUUGGUUUUUUUUUGUUGGUUCUUUUUUGUCGGUUAUGUGUCCUUUUUCUUUUUUCCUUUUUUAAUUCGAGCUUACCAAUUACGUUUUCUUUAGGAUUAGGGUUUUAUUUAAAAUAUUCUACUUCUCUGUAAAUAGAGAUUGUAGAACCAUUGUAACUUGCUAAUUCGAUAUUUGAUAAUAGAAAAACAAAAAAAGGAAACCCUAGUUACCCAAAGAGCUUGUGCCAAACCCUGAGAAGAGGGGUCUCUCUUCUAUCCUUAUUAGAAUCCAAUAUCUUCGAACCCUUUGAGCGAGCAAGCGAGCCAUCAUGUCCCAGGAGCCUCAAAUUCCGCCGGAGGUGCCUGAAGAAAAGAUCAGCAAGAAAGCAGCCAAGAAGGAAGCUGCGAAGCUAGAGAAGUUACGCCGCCGGCAGGAACAAGAGAAGUUACGCAGCCGGCAGGAACAAGAGGAAGCCACUCGUAAGACAGCUUCAAAGUCUCUCGAAGAAGAUGACGAGUUUUCAAGUAACUACGGCGACGUGACUCUUAACGAGUUGCAAUCGACGGAGGAUCCGAAAGCCGGAAUAUGGAGAGAGGCUGUUGAAGGGAAGAGGUGGACUGAAGUGAGUAAAUUGGUGGAAGAAAUAGCGGGAUCUGAGGUUUUGAUUAGAGGCCGAGUUCACACGUAUCGCGUACAACCUAGCAUAGUGUUUGUGAUCUUGAGGAAAAGUGGAUCCACUGUUCAGUGCGUGGCCAAGCAAUCGGAGGAGACCAACGUUAGCGUCAACAUGAUUAAAUACCUCGAGAAGCUGAGUUGCGAAUCCAUUGUCGAUGUCAUCGGUGUCGUCGUUCUCCCCAAAGACCCUGUAAAGGGAACUACGCAGCAGGUUGAAAUUCAGGUGAGAAAACUGUACUGCGUCAACAAAGCCUUGACAAGAUUACCAUUUAAUGUGGAGGCUGCUGCCCGAAGUGAAGUAGAUAUUAAAAAAUAUCUUCAGACUGGAAGACGAGCUGUUCGUGUCAAUCAGGAUACACGUUUGAAUCAUAGGGUGAUUGACCUCAGAACACCGGCUAAUCAAGCCAUCGUCGCCCUUAAGUCCCAACUCGUAAAUUUUUUCAGUGAAAAUUUGCUAUCCAAGGAUUUCGUUAAUAUCUUCACACCGAAACUCCUGGCCGGUAGUAGUGAAGGAGGUUCUGCUGUAUUUAGGUUGGAAUACCAAGGACAGCCUGCUUGUCUAGCUCAGUCUCCUCAGCUUCACAAGCAAAUGGCAAUAUGUGGUGACUUACGACGCGUCUUUGAGAUAGGUCCUGUUUUCAGAGCAGAAAAGUCGUUCUCUCAUAGACAUCUGUGUGAAUUUGUGGGUCUUGAUGUGGAGAUGGAGAUUGAUAAACACUAUUCUGAGAUAAUGGACCUUGUGGACGAGUUAUUUGUGGCUAUAUUCACUAGUUUGAAUAGCAAGUGCAAAAAGGAACUUGAAGCUAUUGGAAAGCAAUACCCAUUUGAACCUUUGAAGUUUCUUGAAAAGACAUUGAGGUUAACCUUUGAAGAAGGGGUUCAAAUGCUUAAGGAAGCUGGUGUGGAGAUUGAUCCUCUAGGCGAUCUAAACACUGAAUCUGAGAGAAAACUUGGCCAACUUGUACUGGAAAAGUACAACACUGAGUUCUAUAUUCUGCAUAGGUUUCCUACGGCCGUUAGGCCUUUCUACACCAUGACUUGUGUUGAUAAUCCUCUUUACAGCAACUCCUUUGAUGUCUUCAUCAGAGGUGAGGAGAUCAUAUCAGGAGCUCAACGUAUCCAUACCCCAGAAUUAUUGGAGCAACGUGCGAGGGAGCACGGGAUUGAUGUCAAGACAAUAUCCACAUACAUCGAUUCAUUCAGGUAUGGUGCGCCUCCACACGGUGGAUUCGGAGCGGGGCUGGAGCGAGUGGUCAUGCUUUUCUGUGGACUGAACAACAUCCGGAAAACAUCGCUCUUCCCUCGCGACCCUCAAAGGCUUGCACCCUAAUACCUUUUCAACUCAAAUUUUUCUCAUGAAGCUUUUUGAGAGUUUAGAUUUUUACUUGUUGCCUUGUUCUUGUAAUCUUGAUUUUAAUUGUAUGAUCCUUAUGUUACAUACACGUUGUCGAGUAACUAAGUCUUUCUCCAGAUAUUUGAGUCUUUUGACAAGAUUAGAUCCGAUAA